UGCGAAACGGAAACACGUAACUACUUUAACAUUCUUUAAUCUCAUUUGGUCGGGUGCUCACAUUCUGAACCCGAUUGCAGGGAUUGGUAAAGAGGAAAUGGCUACCAUACAGUAAUAAAACUUUGAACUGAGGUUAGGCAUUCGUAAAACCUCCGAUUAAACUCCUGGGUCAUCUCGUGAUUCAUAGGUCAUUCAGGGAUAUCACGAACAACAGGAAUAAACGUGGGAGAAACAAUGGAGUGCUUCUAUUUUAAUCGGAGACAAGUGAACAUUUCAGUACGAAACAGAAGUGAUUUUCUGUCUAGCGGUAGAACUCGAAAACAAAUCAGGAUUUCCAAGGAAUGAGUGCACCCCGGAUAAUCUGAAGUCAAAAUUCAUUUCGGAAAUCGGAGUGCUUAAAGUUCUCAUCGGGCUCCAUUGUUGCCGCCGCUAGGGCCUCGGAGCAGGACGUCUCCAAGCUAGGACUGCUUGUUCGCCAUUUAGGGAGGGGUUUGACCACCGGACCCGGAGAACCGCCUCAGCGUCUCGAGGGAAGGUGCCGCAGUGCUGCUGUUACAAUGGACGAACCGCUGCUGCUGGCCCUGCCGGACGACGCGCUGCUGGCCGUGCUGGCGUUCCUGCCGCCGAGACAGCUUUUAGACUGCCGCGUGCUGUGCCGCCGCCUGCGCGACCUGUGCCUGCACGCGGACCUGUGGCGCCGCGUCAGCCUGACGCGGUGGAGGCGCCGCUGCCUGUGGCGCGCCGCGCUGCGCCUCGCGCCGUGCCUCCGCGAGCUCGACCUCUGCGACACGGACGACCUGGCGGACGCGGCCGCCGAGGUCGCCGCCACCGCCUGCGUCGUCGCCAAGCUCUCGCUGAACGUGGCGAGCGACAGGGACGUCGCCAUGGCCGCGACCAUCGUGGAGAAGAUGUCCGCCCUCGGCGGGCUCACCGGGUUCAGCCUGUUCGUCAACGACUACUACUACGGGACCGUGUUCGAUCUGGACCCGCUGCUGGCGGCGGUCAACAACGUGAGCCAUUUGACGCAUUUGGAAAUCCAGAACGAGUUCGAGUCUGCCGCGCUGCUGUCUUCUUGCGCCGACUUGGAGGGCAGUCCUUCGGUGAAGAGGCUGAGCUACACCUCGUCGACGGAGGACACGUUGCUGGAGGCUUUGCUUGAGACCCACGCGUCCACCCUGGAGCACCUGCACCUGGACACGGAGCACGUCCCAGUGUCGGCGCUCAAAGAGCUGCCCAAGCUGCGCUCGCUGACCUGCGAGCUGCAGCCGACCGAGGACGUGUCCGGGCUGAAGGCCCUGCCCAGCCUCGCCUCGCUGGACUUCUCGUGGGAGGUGAGCGGGUCUCCCGGGGCGCUGGAACUGCUGGGCGAGGCGCCGCACCUCCGGAAGGUGUCGGUGCCUUGCUCCGGUCCGAAGCCCUCGGCCCCGCUGGUCGCCCUGGCCGCGUCGCCCUCGGCUCGCCAGCUGGAGUCCCUCCGCAUCCUGACUCGCUCCAAGGACGUCUCCAAGCACGUGAUCGCCGCCCUGCCGAAGUUCCCGUCCCUGCGGGACCUCGCGCUGAUCGUGCACUCGCGCCGUUUGGAGGACUUCCUGCAGGCGGUGAGCCCCGCGACCGCGUCGAGCCUCUCCAUGCUGGUGUUGUUCACGGCCGGCGAGGUGUGCCGACACGCCCUUCUGCACGGCGCCGCCGUCGAGGGCCUCCUGGGCAGGAACCCGCGACUCCACCUCCGCGUGCUCAACAGCGGCGGCUGCUCCGAGGAGGCGGACUGUGAGUGGUGCCGGCUGGGGUGCCACACGGACCUCAGGGCGGCGUACGCGGCGCACUGUAGGGGCGAGGACUGCCCCAAGGACUGCCACAGGUGGACGUGCUGAUGUUGACUGGGUGCGGCUCUGUGAACUUCCCCUCGUCUUCAGUCCUCUCAUGGGAUUUAUUCCAGUUCACAUUUAACUCUUGGGAACAUGUUUUCAUGCAAAAUCAUGCAGACACACGCUCUCUACAAAAUUACGCAUCUUUGUAUUCCAAAUUUUCACUCAGACUCGUGGGAUGUACGCAAUGAUGUAUACUUUGCAUUGUACAGAGCUUACCUAAGUACCUUUGCGUGUUCAUUGAUACGUUAGAUAAGUCCACGAGAGUUCAGUGUGUGCUACGUUAACUUUUUCAAUGUGUUUGUUUUGACGUCGUCAUGUUUGUGGACGUGUAUGUGUAUAUCUUUAUUUUGAUCAUCAUCAUGUAAAUCUCUCGCGAAAUCUCUUCUUUUUUUAAAGAAUUUUUGACUUGUUAAGGUGUUUUCUUCUUUUUUUUAAGAACUUGUGGCUAACUUAAAGCUGUCUCUGUUAAUCUUUUGACCCGUGUGAGCUCCAAUUACAUUCAUAGACUAUGUAAA